AUGCAAUACCGAGACUUCAAUGGCAUUGGCGGGCAGGCGCGCCGUGAAGAGGAUAAAGUCAUUGUAUAUCUUUCACCAAAGCAACCGGUACCGGAUAUAGUACCCUACGAACUCCACGAACACAUUUAUCCGGAUGAUUGGACUAUGCGCAUGACAACCCUGCGGGACACUGCGUUUCGGUAUUACCACCCGAUGUUUGAGCGUGUGUGGAUUAUCGUUGCUUCUCUUGCUGUGAUCAUCCUCCCCCUCGCGCUGUAUCAAGUCAUCUUCGACGCGAUGUUUACGAAUGAACAGCAUACGGCGGAACAUUACUUCGAAGCUCGGUUUGUGUCGUUUGCGGUGUUUGUAGGGACAUUCAUCUUUUUCUGGGCGCCGGUGCUUAUUUGGAAGGCUAUCGGAAAGAGACGUCUCCGUAACCUCACGUCGGCAUGGGAGAGAUCCGACCGUGCGUCGAGGCCUCCUAGCGGGUACGUUCCUGUGUGGAAAGCGAAGAUGCCGACGGUGUUCAAGUCGACUUGUGUCGUGACGAUUACAGCUCCUCCCAACGCCAAACCGUCGUUGUUCCAUCCCAAUGCGUAUAUGCCAUCCUACAUAAACCCACCCGCCGACAGUUCAGACGCCUACUUCUACCCGUACGCUCCGGGGAAGGAGGGUCUGCCGCGUAUGAGCGUUGCAGGGUCCUUACCGGGGUACCAGGCUACGCCUGGACAACGCGAGUUCAUUGAUGUUAAGGUCUAG